GUUAAUGACAUGAAAGGAACUGAAGCUCCAAACAAUUGGCUCAUUGCUUGUGAAAAAGAAGGAGUAAAUCAAGCUCACAGCAGCGAUCCAAAAUGCAGAGCAAUUUUUUAUGCCAGAACAACUUCAGCUGCCCUCUCAGCACUGGGAUGUUUCUUAGUGCUAUUUAUCAUAAUAGUGUAUAAAAAAUACACUCGGUUUACCCAAAGGCUGAUAAUGUAUCUGUUACUUCCUACAUUUGUUAUCUCUGCCGCUUCAGUGUACCCAAAUAUAGAUGAUAUCAGUAUUCCCUGUGAAGUUGCUGCAUUCUUCAUGAAUUGGGGCACACUCUCUCAGAGGCUCAUCAUUCUUUGCAUUGUAGUUCAUUUGCUGGUCUUCACAUUUAAUCAGACUAGGCCCAAGUGCUUGGAGCUCCUAUUUCACGUUGUAACCUGGGGAUUGUCAUUUUGCUUCAGCAUCAUACCUAUUCCUGGUCAUCAUUAUGGUUCUGCGGGAGUAUGGUGCUGGAUUAAAGGUGUAACACACUACGAAGAUGAGCUAAGGUUAGGUUGCUUCUACAUCUGGGUUUGGUGUUGUGUUUCAAUUGAAAUUGUUUGUUUUACCAUUGUUGUAGUUCGUGUUAGGAGGCUGCUCAGACGUUUUCAAGGAAUGUCCUCGUCCAAUCCAGAAGUAGAAGAAACAAAGAGGCGCUUCAAGAAGUACAUUUAUCCACUGAUGCUCUACCCGCUAGUGAAUUUUAUUCUAGCUAUCCCGGUCACUGCAAAUCGCAUACAAAACUGGGUCAAUGAAGGACACCCUGUAUUUGGGCUGUUCUUGUGCCACUCAAUUGUUUUCCCCCUGUGGGGCUUCUGCAAUGCAAUGUUGUACUUCAUGAACAAAGAAACCCUCCUGCAACUGCAUCCCUGCAAUGUCUGGGAAGGUAUUAUCUCUUGGAGAAGAAGCUCGUCCCAAAAACGUCAAAUAUCUAGUGCUUCAAAUGAUCAGGCCCCUGACAUUGACUUUGCCUAUGCUGGUGGUGCUGUAACCAAUCCUUCUGCUCUGCAUUCUGCGACAAUGGACUCUGAGAGUGACAUGGAAUGAGGGGAAUUCCUAGCCCUAUAGUAAGUUCCGGC